AUAAACCGCGGUUGGUUCCGACUACACAAGCCUAUCGAUACGCUGAACACGUGUUGAGUUUAUCGAGAGUACUUCCUAGCAAAACCUUCCAGAAACGGGAUAACUUACAGCGUCUAUGACAGCAGUUCUUCACCCAUGGGAAUCAACAGUUUGGUUUCUCAUUUUAUUUACGAUAUAAGAUUUUUCUGUGGGGUAGAACAUGAAACCUAACUCGUAAAUUAGAACCUAAAAAUCGUAUAUUUCUUGCAUGUUGGUGAAUGAAUCUGCUAUCUGCUGGGAAUAUCUCCACGUGGGUGUAGGACUAACGUGGAAGUCGGGACAUCUCGUAGACUUUGACUUCUAAUAUGCGUAUGUAGGAUGCUUGCUUAUCUCCGUGAUGAGGCCUAUCAAAACAGCAAUCAUUCCCUUGUAUGUCAGGACAUUUUAUUUGCACGACAUGAUCGGAGCGCGUGAUAGAUAAAUUCAGCUGGCUUCGUCACUCAUCUUGCUGCCCUUCACAGUCACUAAUAGGACUCGGGAGUAAGAAGUUAUCUCGAAAGACUGCUGUGAGGAGCAAAUCGAUAAAAUGCGGUUAAAUAUUAUUUGCAUAUCGGCAUUCUUAAUCUUUCUGGUGCUUUUUCUGUGCUUAAAUGUUGCUGGGUUCUACAUGCGAUAUUCGAAUAAUACGCAUUCUUGGUCAAAGCCAUUAUUUAACACCAAUCUUGCCAUCCAUGAAUUACCGACUGAAUUUUCACGCGAUGAUGAGAUAUUUGUUGACGAAGCAUUGGAAGGAAGCAGUGAAGGUAAUUUCUGGAGAAUUGAACCCGAAAUUUCAGUGGAGUCACAUUCACUGGAUGAUGUCUUGAGCGCCCAAGAAAUAGUCUACACGGCAGCUGUGCUCGAGAUGGAGGCGGAUAGAAACUGGACUCAAGGCGGAAGCGAACAAAUUUUCAAACGGAACAUUCGCAGCAUCGAGUUUUAUGCCGCCCAAGCCAAAAUUCUGGGAGCCGACAUCGUGCUGUGCCCGGAGUACGGGCUGGAGGGACUGGACCAUCACUCACGGAACCAGUCCGUGUUUAGCGCGCUCAGCCUUGCUGUUCCCUCGCCGCUAGAGAGCGUGGCGCCUUGUGACGUCAACAGUUCAGUCUUUGAUCCGCUGCACGAGUUGAGCUGCACAGCACGCCAUCAGCAGUUGUACUUGGUUGUUGACUUAGCUGAAAAAUCCUGCAAAAACGAUACCAUCGCAGCAGAAUGCGCGCCCGACCAGCUCGUCUACUACAAUACUCAGGUCGUUUUCGAUCGUACGGGCGUGGUCGUAGCCAGGUACCGCAAACGCCAUCUUUUUUUGGAACCGAAAUUCUCGCCGAGUCCCGACUCCAUGGAUGCCGCUCUCUUCACUUCGGACUUCGGCGUCACGUUCUCAUUGCAGAUCUGCUUCGACAUUCUCUUCGAGGAUCCUGGCUACGCUAACGUACAACGCAACCUCACGCGCGACAUCGUCAUGAGCACAGCGUGGGUGGACGUGGCGCCAUUUAACCUGGCUCCAAAUGUUCAGAACUCGUUCAGUCGUCGGCUGGGAGUGAACCUGCUGGCGUCCAACUACCACUGGCCGGAGCAGAGCAAGCUGGGGUCGGGAGUGUACCGCGGCUACAGCGAUAUGAAGCACGCGUACACCUACGAUCAACAUUCUGGAGACGUGCUCGUCGUCGCCCCCGUCAGGACGCGCCUCUCGACGGCGCCCCUGCGACCGCCCUCACCUCGCCUCUCCCGGCCUAUGAUCCUUAAGUACAAAAAACCGUCUGAUGGUCACCGCCAGCUGAACGUACGGCGCUUCCCUAUGAAGCUCCUGAGCACCAGCGACGUUCUCAAUGCUUCUUCGACGGCAGGACAAGAAUUUCACGUUCAAGUGUGCCACAAGAACCUGUGCUGUGACUUGCAGUACCAGUACAUGGCCUCUGAGAAGCAAGUAUACCGUUCAGUGGCAUACAGUGGUCUCUUCCCUGCCGGGGUGAAGCUCAUCUACUUGCAACUCUGCGGUGUCGUUUGGUGCAAAUCCACUGACGUAGAUUCCUGCUCCGACUAUGUAACUCAGAUGGAUGCCUCCUCGGAUGUCUUUGGACCUUUUAAUGUUGCAGGAAACUUUACGAGUGACAUCACAUUCCCAAACGCGAUGACCAGGAAUGAGACGCUUGUCUCCAACGAUCUCUACGAGUUCACCGAAGAACCUGGUUAUUCCUCCAAGCUCGAGUUCAAACAAGAGGUUCCGUUUUUGCUCACAAGUUACUUGGCCGGCAGGAACUUUUCCAGAGACGUGCCGAACCGACAGCUCACUCAGGAGGAGCAAGAGUCUAUUCUUGGGGUUGCAAAUUUGUUUAAUUUUAUUGUAUAAUUUUUCAUCAAUUAAUUGAUUAGUACUAUGUCAGAUUGCGUCUUGAGCAAUGUAAAUUCAUCGACAUUAUCCUUCGAUGAUGUUAUAUUUCUCUUCCCAAUAAUAAAUGUAAAAAUAAAAUGUAAUGAUUUUGUAAAAGCUUGCAUGCACAUUUUGUGGAGGAUGAAAAGCAAUCUUCAUCA